AGAGCUGCCACUCCACGUCCAUCUACAGCUUCUUGAGGGGAGCGUCUGAACUCAGGUGCUGGCCAUGUCCAAGUUGGUGGAAUGUGUCCCCAACUUCUCAGAGGGCAACAACCAAGAGGUGAUUGAUGCCAUUUCUCGAGCCAUCUCCCAGACCCCAGGUUGCGUGCUGCUGGACGUUGAUGCUGGGCCCUCCACCAACCGCACCGUCUACACUUUCGUGGGGCAGCCAGAGUGCGUGGUCGAGGGAGCCCUCAGUGCGGCGCGUACAGCCUCGCAGCUCAUCGACAUGAGCAAGCACAAGGGAGAGCAUCCUCGAAUGGGUGCUCUAGAUGUUUGCCCCUUCAUCCCGGUGAGGGGCGUCAGCAUGGAUGAGUGUGUGCUCUGUGCCAAGGCCUUUGGCCAGCGGCUUGCUGAGGAGCUCAAUGUGCCAGUGUACCUCUACGGAGAGGCAGCUCGGACACCCAGUCGCCAGACCCUGCCGGCUAUCCGGGCUGGAGAGUAUGAGGCCCUGCCUGAGAAGCUCAAAAAGACCGAGUGGGCGCCUGACUUUGGCCCUAGUUCCUUUGUCCCCAGUUGGGGUGCCACUGUCACGGGUGCUCGGAAAUUCCUCAUCGCGUUCAACAUCAACCUGCUCAGUACCAAGGAACAGGCCCAUCGCAUUGCUCUCAACCUGCGGGAGCAGGGCCGAGGGAAGGACCAGCCAGGAUGUCUGAAAAAGGUUCAGGGUAUCGGUUGGUACCUGGAUGAGAAGAACUUGGCUCAGGUGUCCACAAACCUCCUGGACUUUGAGGUCACAGCUCUGCACACAGUCUAUGAGGAGGCCUGCAGGGAGGCUCAGGAGCUGAAUCUGCCAGUGGUGGGCUCCCAGCUAGUGGGCCUGGUGCCUCUGAAGGCCUUACUGGAUGCCGCAGCCUUCUACUGUGACAAGGAGAACCUGUUUGUUCUGGAGGAGGAGCACCGGAUACGGCUGGUGGUGAACCGGCUGGGCCUGGAUUCCCUGGCACCCUUCGACCCAAAGGAGCGGAUCAUCGAGUACUUGGUUCCCUCUAGUGGACCAGAGCAGGGCCUACUGGACAAGUCCCUGCGUGCUUUUGUUCGGGAGGUGGGCGCCCGCUCUGCUGCCCCCGGCGGCGGUUCGGUGGCUGCGGCUGUUGCAGCCCUGGGAGCAGCCCUGGCUUCUAUGGUGGGCCAAAUGACCUAUGGGCGGCGACAGUUUGAUCACCUGGACUCCACCAUGAGGCGCCUGAUCCCACCUUUCCAUGCUGCCUCUGCCCAGCUCACCACCUUGGUAGAUGCUGAUGCCCAGGCUUUUGCUGCCUGUUUGGAAGCAAUUAAAAUGCCCAAGAACACGUCUGAAGAGAGGGACAGACGAGCGUGUGCCCUGCAGGAGGGGCUGAGACUGGCAGUUGCUGUACCAAUGAACCUGGCAGAGACUGUGUCCCAGCUAUGGCCAGUGCUGCAGGAGCUGGCCCUGUGUGGGAACCUGGCCUGCUUGUCCGACCUACAGGUGGCGGCCAAAGCCUUGGAGACGGGUGUGUUCGGUGCAUACUUCAAUGUGCUUACCAACCUGAAGGACGUGACUGAUGAUGCAUUUAAAGAGAAGAUGCACCAUCGAAUCUCCAGCCUUCUGCAGGAAGCCACGACCCAGGCUGCAAUGUUGCUUCGUAGCCUAGAAGCCCGGAAGGAGUGAAGAGACCUCCCCAAAUGGAUGGUCCAACUUCCAGUGUUCCUUACCUAUCUUAAGUGGUCCAAGCCUAGCUUUGGGGGGGGGGGGCAGGCUCAGCCAUGACAUCUGCACUGCCAGGUUGGUGCUCUACACACAGCUGUCUAUGUAGGAUCAGAAGAUGCGAUGGAGGUAGUUUGGGGUAGGGUAGAGAGUGGGGCCUGAUUGGGGUUCUGUCCUGCAGGCAUUCAAUCUCACACCUUCUGUUACCCAUGGCUUCUAGUAAAUUCUGAACACAA